CCAGAGAGGCUUGUCCUGCAGCAGCCUGCGUUCACACGGCUCCUCUGCCAGAAAGACGAUGUGUGUGUCGAGCUAAUUGAGACGAGGCGUCGGACAGAGCAGUGAUUCAGAGAGACUCGUAGACACCGCACCGCUGACCCGAGCUAAAGGGACGGUCUUGUUUGGUAUCUACAGUUAUCCUACAGCGUAGUUAGCACUGUUGCUAAACGGCUAAACCGCCAUCGUAUUUUGAGGUUGCUUUGUAGACACAGCGACUAGCCGCAGACAGCAGCGCAGAGGAAAUGAAGGACAAACAAAAGAGAAAGAAGGAGCGGACCUGGGCUGAGGCGGCUCGUAUGGUUUUAGAGAACUUUUCAGAUGCACCCAUGACUCCCAAACAAAUCCUGCAUGUCAUCCAGACCAAGGGGCUGAAGGAAAUGCGGAGUGGAACAGCUCCUUUGGCCUGUCUGGUCACCAUGCUGCACUCCCAAGUGAGAGGAGAUCGAGUGAAGAACAGCAUCUUCUUCAAGCUGCCUGGACGAAUGAGCCUUUUUACUCUCAAGAAGAACGCCCUCCAGUGGACAAAGGCAACCUCAGAGUCAGAGACACCAUCAGAGCCAGCUGGCGCCACAACACCCCCAGCUUCAAGCAGCAGCGCCCCGGCGGCAGGCUCGGCCGUUGCCCCGGUCGGCCCCACGGAGGCCACGGAGCAGGAGAGCUGCGACUCCACUGAGACUACUGCUGCUGCCAGUGUAGACAAUGAUGCUUCGGUUGAUGAGAGUUCUUCCAGUGCCUCCUGCUCUGUGGAGCUGCAGGCUCCCAGCAGCCAGCCUCAGACCCGCCUCAGCCGGUCAGCAGGACAGCAGGGCCGCACCGACACGCAGCAGACCCAGCACGCCCAGACCAGACUGAGCCGCUCAAGACAGUCAGGGAGGCAGAGGAAGAAAGCCGUCAUGAUGCCUCGUGUCGUCCUCACCCCUCUUAAGGUGAAUGGAGAACAUGUUCCCUCAGGACCCAUGAAGCGGAGUCGGGGAGGGGUGGAUGUAGAUUUUGAAACGCCAGGCUCCAUCCUGGUCAACACCAACAUCAGAGCCCUGAUCAAUGUGCGGACGUUCUCGGCCUUCCCCACACACUCCCAACAGCAGCUGCUGCAGCUGCUGCCUGAGGUGGACCGACAGAUUGGACCUGAUGGUAUGGCCAGACUGAGCAGUUCAGCUCUCAACAAUGAAUUCUUCACCCAUGCCUCCCAGAGCUGGAAGGAGAGGCUGGCAGAGGGUGAGUUCACCCAUGAGAUGCAAGUGCGUUUCCGACAGGAAAUGGAGAAAGAGAAGAAGGUAGAGGCGUGGAAGGAGAAGUUUUUUGAAGAGUACCAUGGGCAAAAGUCUGGCCUAACACGAGAAGAGUCCCUGAAGCUUACUAUGAGUGAAGCCACUGAAGUUGCAGCCAGUGUUCUGGACAGUGAUGUGACUGUGGUGGCAAGGGGCGCCCCCAAAAGACGCAGCGUGGGUCGGCGAAGGCGAGAUGGUAGGAUGAGGAGACGCACUCGGGCUGACCUGCGUCGCAGGGCCCGCCGGACCCUCUGCAAGACUGCUCCGGCCCUGCCGUCGGCAGAAGCAGCUGAGGCCAGUACUGCUGUGGAUAUUUCAGCUGUUUCUGUUGGCUCUCCCAUGUCUGAUAACACAGUGGUUCAGGGAGAGGUGGUACUGCAGACGGACUGUGGGGUGGAGCUCCCGGAUGAGAGUGCUUCCACGGAGCCCAAACCCUCUCCCAUUCCAGAGCCAGUCACAUUGCCAGCCCCCACACCUGCUCCAACUCCUAGCCCCAGCCCCAGCCCAGCCUCAACCAGUGCAAAUGAAGAGCAUGAAGUUGCUGCUCGCCUGCUCCCCGAAGAGACUGCACCUGUACUGGCUUCCACAACUUCUCCAUCCUCCUCUUCCUCCUCUUCUUCAUCUGCCUCUUCACCUGCCUCUUCACCUUCCUCACCUUCUGAUAGACAGGGCGCUUUUGUUGGAGGCCUGGACUCUUCUUCAUCCUCCUCAGCAUCCUCCAGCGCCGCAGUUGCUGCAGAUCCACUGGAUGACACUGCUUCUGUGAUCACCUCCAUCACAGGGGGAACUGCCACCAGCAGUCGUGAGAGCAGCCCAUCAGUUAGCCCAGCUGCCACCCCUCUGCCCAGUGCCCAGCUGAAAGAGCAGAAGAGAAGGCCUGAUGAGACCGAAGCCUUUUCUAGCUUCCCCGAAAAGAGGCCACGGCUCGACGAUCGUCAGUCCUUUCGUACCACAAUUGACAGUGUCUGUUCAGAAAAGCCGCAGCCGACAACAGAAGAACCCAAGGUGCCACCUAUCCGGAUUCAACUGUCCAGAAUCAAACCUCCCUGGGUCAAAGGGCACUCCACCUACCACAUCUGUCCCCGGAUCGUGCCGCCCGGCGAGGGCUCGCGCAGGUCGGGGACAGGGGGUGCGCGCACCUUGGCGGACAUCAAAGCCCGUGCACAACAAGCCCGUGCACAGCGCGAGGCCGCUGCUGCUGUUGCAGCCUCUGCCGACGGGACAGGGCCGGCCGGGGUCAGGCUGCGGCCUGGUGUUGGGCUACCGGAUAGCAGCAAUGGAAGACGAGCGCGAGAGCAUCCAGGACCUAUCGAGCCCGGAGGAGGAGGAGGAGGAGGAGGAGGAGGAGGAAGUGAAAAUGGAAAUGGAACAAGGGGAGGUAGCGGGAUGGAGGAGCAGGGAUCGUCUUCAGGCACUAAUUCGUCUGGAACACAACUACAGCUUCUUAAUGUAGAGCCUACAUCUGAGCCUUCCCCUUCAUUGUCCACUACCUCAACCUCCAUGUCCUUGGAGCCACCACAGACCCCAAGUCCUCAGCGAGAAGAAGCAUCUGUGGGGGCAGAUGGAGAGGAAACUGAAGCAACAACAGCCAGUGUCCAGAGCUCGUCCAAUGGGCUCACAGAUGGGGCUGCCUCUCUUUCUUCAGAGCCUGAUGUGUCUGAGUCACCAGCCAUGCAGUCAGCUAGCCAAAACCAGGUGACUGAAUCUGGUGCCAGUACCCCCUCAGAGAGGGCAGACCAGGGUUGUGAAAAACCUUCAUUGGCCCAAACCUCAAUCCCAGAUUCCCUUCCCAGGUUUGGGGCUCAGGGUGUGGAUGUUAUUCAGACACUGGCCAAUUCUUGUCAGGCCAAAGAGCAGGAGCAUGGGAAGGAGGCUGGACUUGGUGGUGUUAUCCAGCAUGGUUCACACCAUGUUGACCUCCAGGAGGCAUUCUGCCAUACAGCCACUGAGAGACAGCAAACAAAUGCAUCUUCACCCCAACAUGUGGACGAUUCUGGCGCAGAGAAGGAUGAGGCUGGCACAUAUAGCGACUCAACAGAAACUGCUUCAGACUGCGAGAACGACAGCCAGGAGGAUGAGCAGCAGCAGCAGCCUGGCCGGGAAUGGAGCCUUCAAUUGAGCACCCAGAGAAAUGGCCAACUUGUGAUUUGUAGCCCUCCUCCUCAGAACCAACAACCGGUAAUCCAGUCCCAUGUGUCUAGCCGCCAAGGUCAGACCGUCAUUCAGCCUUGCUUCCCCAGUGGUAUGACUCAGCUAACACACAGCCGUAUCCAUUCACAGGACCCCCAUGCUCUCUCUACAGCCCUGCCACAGGGGCUAAGGGACACAAAUGUUGUUGUCAAAACAGAGCCUGGAGUUGACUGUAGAGCCUCCAGACAGAGCUCUGAAGAGGAGUGUCGUGGAGCCUUGAAGUCCACUGUCCCUCUAUCAAAUGCUGCAACUGCUUCCAAAAGACUGGCAAGUUCAGUCAGACCUGUGUCCAGUGUGGAGGCCAACAACCCUUUGGUCACUCAGUUACUUCAGGGCAGCCUGCCUCUGGAGAAAGUUCUACCCUUGCACUCUGCCAACAGACUGGAGAUAAGCCGAUUACCAGGACCCCUACCCAGACCACCACCAGCAAGAACUCCAGGGACUCGUAACAGGCCUGAGGUCUCAGUCAAAUCCCCAAGCCCAGAACUGACUACGAUCCAGAUCCAUAAGUCCCCAACAUCCCGCCCAGUUUCUUGUCUGAUGGAGGCCCCAGCUGUACCACAGUACCAGUCCCCCCAGGCCCCUGGAGCUGUCCCAGUCAUCACCCCUCUGCCACCCUCCUCCUCCAGAAGUAAGCAAGACCUCAUCGCUGCAACUGCUGUGGAGCCUGCAGUUAUUAAAGAGUCUCAUGGCCAGCAGCCUUCCCAGGGAGCCACUCCAGAUAGGCCUCAAUCAGCCCAUCGGACCAUGUGCAAUGGCCCCUCGCCUCCUCAUGCAGACCCCUGUCCCACAGAGGUAGUACCUUCUAUUAAGAUUAACUGGCGCCCCCCACAAUCUCAGCUCCCCCACCCUCACCAGCAACAGCUGUCACCUGCACCCACUGUAAAGAAUGAAAUUGGUGCACGGCCCUCUUGUCAAGCUAUUGCCAAAUCCUCACUCACUGUACCCCUAAGUGUUACCAAAAAGGAACCUGGGAACUCUGUCGAUGGCUACCUAAGUGGCGGGGCAAUGGAGGGGCUCCUCAACAUGGAGAUGAAUUUGGUCAGGCUGGCUAAGAAAGAACACAGCAAAGCUCCCUACUCCUCUGGCUCCCCCUCUUCAUCCUGCUCUCCCUCACCCUCCUCUGCUUCCUCCAUUCCCUUCCAACUGUAUGGGAAGCUCCCCAAGCAGGGUGGAGGUGUUGGAGGAGUAAGCUACACAGCAAAUGUCUCAGUGAUGGACAACAGCAGUUUCUCCCGAAGUAUGGCGGACGGUGUGCUGCAGCUGCACCCCCGCUUGGCUUCCAGCCAGACUACCCUCAGUAUUCAGGCCUUUACUGACAGUACGGCAGAGGAGGUGGCACUCAAGUGCUCGUGCCGCCUCAAAGCCAUGAUCAUGUGCCAAGGCUGUGGUGCCUUCUGCCAUGAUGAUUGCAUUGGGCCCUCCAAACUGUGUGUGUCAUGUCUGGUGGUCAGAUAGUAUGUUGAAGUUUCAGUGCACUGUAGAACUGCUAUUUGUAUAGUGUGAGCAGCAGGGCCGAGGAUUUCAGCGUGUACAGAGGCCUGAUGAGGGUCGAGAACACAGUCAACAUUUGCCUUGUAAAAUAUGGUUGAUCCGUAUCUUUUGUUGUUGCAGAUUUCCAGUUUUUGUUUUUUGAGCUGUACUGAUAUUAUUAUUAUUAUUAUUAUUAUUAUUAUUAUUAUUAUUACUAUUGUGAAUUUGGGGCAUGAUUGAUUGUAAAUUGUGCCUUUUUUGGUUUUGUUUUGUUUUUUUCUCCUCAAAAACAUUUACCUCAUCAUAUCUUGCUCCACCUGUUAUCAUUUGGUGGCCAUCAUUGUUUGGUCCCCUGGUUUCUCAGUAAACAGGGAAUUACUGUUGUCUCUGCGCAAAGAAGUAUUUUUUUAACCAUUAAAAUGAGUAAAUGACAUUGUAUCACCA